CUUCAGUCAACACUGAGUUUCAGUCUGAGAUUCUGGAUUGCUCUGUCUGAAGAUGCAAGAUUUUGUGUUUGUCUUGCUUUCUGUCCUUUGUACUCCUAAAGGUUUAACAGGUGUAAACUGGAAUGUAGUUGUGCAACCCCAAGUCAACGGCUUUAAGGGUCAAAAUGUGAUUCUUCCCUGUGUCUUCACACACCCAAAACAAGCUACUUACACCAGCAAGAUCACUGUUAAGUGGAUACAGCACCGCUCUGAGGACCUUAUUUUUCACUGCAGUCUACAGAACCAGACGGAUGGGCAGAAUCAGGAAUGCUAUCUGACAUCACCGAUGCCAUUGUGGCUCUCCGGCAAUCCCAGAAAAGGAAAUCUUUCCUUGGGUAUCAGUGACUCGCAGUUUACUGAUAACAAGCGGUACAUUUGCAGGGUGGAGCUGGAUUAUGAAAGUUACCAGAGCAAGAUCAGCACACUGCUUAAUAUCACAGGUCCGGCGGAGAUCCUCAAUCUAACCCUGGACUCAGAGGCUACAAGUAAGGGUGGGUUGCUGAAGUGCAUUGCCCGUGGGAAUCCAGUACCAUCCGUGAAAUGGACGUCCUUAUCUGGAUCGCUGGGAAAUGUUCCAGUGUCCAAAACUGACCAGAGCAACUACACAGUCAUUAGCUCAAUCCCAUUCUCUGGGCAGGACGUGUACACCUGCCAAGCUGUGAACUCACUUGGUCAGGCCGAGAGAACAUUUCCACCAAAUCAACAAACUGGUCUGGUGUGGAUUAGUGUUUUUGGAUGUUUGCUGCUUCUUGGGCUGUUUAUUGGUGUUGGCGUUGUGGUGAGAAAAAGGAGGAGAGCCAUGCCACAGAAUUAUCCUAAUUAUCCUUUACAGAUGGAUAAAAGCUGUAUAGAUCAAGUUAAUAAAACACCUGUCUAUGCCAAUGUCAGUAUUGGUGAAAGACGUUUACCACCAGAGAUACCAGUCAAAUGUUUGGAUGAAACAACUUAUGGUUACAGUGACAUCCAAAAGAAAUAGAACUAUUACGUGUUACAAACUAACAAACAGUAAUAAUUAUCUGUAUUUUGCUUUUAAAAUCUACUAAUAAAACAUACAUUUAAUUUAUUCUCCACCUUUGACAUCUUUUUUUAAGAAAUAGGCGAAAUUGACUCGUCAGAAACGAUUGAUCUGGAUAAUGCUGCAUUCCAGACAACACGGAUUUAGGAUGUUUCCGACAUCAAAACCGGAAAUAACGUCUGAAUUAAGCAACAUUAAAUGUACUGAGUAACAGUAAACAUCAAUGUUACAAAUGAUUUAGUAUCAUCAAAACUUUUUUUACAUCACUUUUUAGUAACAUUAAAAGAGCAUUAUUUCCUGGUUGAGGUGGGAAAAAUAAUAUAUAAUUUAAAAAUCCUAAUUCUUAAUAAUUUUCAUUACUAUUCGAAGUUUGUAGUUUUCCAUUUAAUGUAAAUUAACUUGUAAAUAACGUUACCUUUGAAAAAAAAAUGCAUGAACGCUUUCACGUUGUCCCUGCUAUUUUUCUCAGCACUGGUCAGUACAGACCAAUCACAUUAAUUUAGGAUU